GUUGGGUGGGAGCCGGCGGCGGCCGCGGUGCCGCCAUCCCGGUGCUGUCCCCGCGUCCCGGCCCGGCCCUGCCGCAGGGCCCGGGCCCUCCCGCCCUGCCGCCACCGCCAUGGACAAGUACCAGGUGCUGGGGCUGGUGGGAGAAGGCAGCUACGGGAUGGUGACCAAGUGCAGGAAUAGGGAGAGCGGGCAGAUCGUGGCCGUCAAGAAGUUCCUGGAGAGCGACGACGACGCGGCGGUACGGAAAAUCGCCCUGAGGGAAAUCAAACUGCUCAAGCAACUGAGGCACGAGAACCUGGUGAACCUGUUGGAUGUGUGUAAGAGGAAGAAGAGGUGGUACCUGGUGUUUGAGUUUGUGGAUCACACGAUGCUCAAUGACCUCGAGGACUCUCCCAAUGGACUGGACUUCGAGAGGGUUCGGAAAUACUUGUUUCAGAUUAUGAGAGCAAUUGCCUUUUGUCACAGCCAUAAUAUAAUCCAUCGGGAUAUUAAGCCAGAGAACAUCCUGGUUUCCCAGUCAGGAGUUGUGAAACUCUGCGACUUCGGGUUUGCCCGGCCCUUGGCCGCUUCUGGGGAAGCUUACACGGACUACGUGGCCACCCGCUGGUACAGAGCCCCGGAGCUGCUGGUGGGGGACAGCAAAUACGGCAGGCCUGUGGACGUGUGGGCUGUUGGUGCCCUGAUAACAGAAAUGCUUACAGGAGAGCCCCUUUUCCCUGGAGACUCAGACAUUGACCAGCUCUACCAUAUCACCAAGUGCCUGGGUAACUUAAUUCCAAGACAACAGGAGUUAUUCUAUAAAAACCCCCUCUUUGCCGGCCUGAAGUUGCCCGAGGUGAAGGAGCUCGAAUCCCUGGAGAAACGCUAUCCCAAGCUCCCUGCUGAAGCGCUGGAAUUAGCCAAGGAGUGCUUGCAGAUUGACCCAGACGAGAGACCGUCCUGCGCCCAGCUCCUGCAGGGUGAUUUCUUCAACAAGGACGGCUUUGCUGAGAGAUUUACUCAGGAGCUUAAACAAAUAAUCCAGAAAGAUACCAGAGACCAUCAGUUUCAAAAAAAAUCUAAAGUCAAUAAAAGGGACAAAGAUGAUGUUUCAGAAGAAAGAAAAAUCAUCAGCGUCCAGGAUUUCAGCAUAGGCCCAAGGAGCAAAGAUGGGAAGCUGAUAAAGACCAAGCCCUCUAAAGCUGAUGCAGAGAAAGCAGAUCGAUCCUCUAAGCUGAGCUUCCUCUAUGACAACACAAUCCACCCAUUGAAAUUGAGCCCUCAGACCAACCUGAAAGAUUCCAGCAGCAACUUGGACUAUGCCAAGAACCUGGGCACAUUUAUCCCUCCCAUCAACCAGAACUUCUCUCCUACAUUUGGGGUGGGGUCUGGGCCUGGGAGCCUUAAUUACAGACUUGAUGAAAAGAGUAAAAAAUACUUGAACCCCUUGCUAAAGGCACGGAAGCCUUCUCCAGUGGGGCGUUGCAAUGUCAGCCUGACACCGGCAAGUAAGAAGAAAUGGGAAUUCCUCAAGACAAAUGUGCGUUUGCCAGAACUAAAUCAUCUCCCCGAGCUGAGGGGAGCAGAAGCUCAGCAUCCCAGAUUUCUGAAGAAGGAAAAUAGAAUGUUUGCAGAGUCCCGAGUCCCCUCCCUCGCUGCUAUCGACCUUCAUAACUCAAGUCUGCCUUCACAGCAGCUGUCAGGGACCUUGAUGCCGGAUGCAUCAGAAGCCACCUUCCCCAGGGUCGAGCACUAGCCCUGGGGAGAUGGUCACACCUGCCUGUAAAAGGUGACUGAACAGUGGGAACAAUCCAUCUGAGUUUGCAGGGGCUAAAGCUGCCAGGUGUCUGCUGGGGAGAGAAUCCCUUACUCCUGUUGGUGCAGCAGACUGCACGGAAGGGCUUGGGUCCAGGCCAAGGAUGGAG